CACCAACACACACACACAAACAGACACCUGUACACACACACAGACAUGUACAUACACACACACAUACACACACAAAAACAUGUACACACAUGCACAGAGACAUGUACACACACACAUACAGACACAUGUAUACACACACAGGCACGUACAGACACACAGACACAUGUGCAUACACACAGACACAUGUACAUACAUACAGAGACACAUGUACACACAGACACAUGUAUGUACAUAAACACACACACACACACACACACGUACAUGUACACACACACAGACACAUGUACAGAUACACACAUGUACAUACACAUGUACAACUGUACAUGCAUACACAGACACACACAAUUACACACACAUGUACACGUACACACACACCACCCCCUCCCCAUAAAAAGUUGCAGUAUUUUGUUGUUCACUCACAGAGCUGUGUACUGCACUCUAGGGGGAGGCAGAGAGCACAGCACACAGUCUUUGCUUUCACUGCGCUCAGCUAUUGAGCAGUCUGACGGCUCACAGUGCCAAUGACAAAUCCGGCCUGAGCUCUGAGCCUGCUCAGUAAGACGGCCCUGGGGGACACACUCGCCCCCACCAUAAUUUCCUCUCGCCAUUGGCGAGCAGGCGAGUGGAAAUUUCAAGC